CCCUAAUCUACCUAAUCCAACUCUAGCUGGCAUUUGCCUGGAGCUCACAAAUUACAUAUCAUAACCAGUAUAUGCAUAUAAUUAAUCACCUCAUGUCAAAGCCUUUAACGUCCCACAGGCCUCAUCCCGUCGCUUCCUACCUCGACCCCACACUCUAACCCAAUGGCUGAAGCCGUGGGAACUGCCCUCGCGGUAGUAGGCGUUCUCGGCCAACUCUUCGACGGCUGCGUUAGAGCCUACAGCCUCUUCACCGCAGCAGCUAACCUUGACACAGAUAGCCAGAGACUUCUAUGUAAAGUACGCAUUGAGGAGAUGCGCCUGGUCGUCUGGGGCCGGGAUUGGGGUGUUGCGGAGGGGAGGCUUGAAGCUCAUCUUGAGAGCACAAGGAAUCCCCAGCUGAGGAGUUUGGCACUUCAAAUCCUCGAGGAGUUGCAUAGCGCAGUCACAGACUUCAAGAAGCUGAAGAACAGAUACGGGCUAGUUGAUGAGGGGAGAGCCAGCUUGGAAGUCACUGGAUCGAAGCCAAGGAAGUCGCCUUCGCCUUCGCCUUCAAGAAAGAGAUCAAAAGAUGAUGAGAGUCGCGGCUUGAAUGGUGCUUCAAGGGUAGCAAGUGAAAGGAAUUGGGGGAAGGAGAUGGGUUUAAGAGCAAGAUGGGUUAUAGCAGAUAAAGACAAAUUCAUAAACCUGCUAAGGGACUUGCGAGACUUCAACGAUGGCCUCGAACGCCUUUUUCCAACCUCCCAUCUCCCAUCGUUUCAACGGGCUUGGACAAAUCAGCUCCUCGAGUCUGCACAGCGUGACGUUACUCAACUUACUCUCCUUGAAAUAGCCUCAGACGGUGUCUACCCCAAGCUCACCACUUCGGCCAACCUCAAGAAGCUCCGAAUCAACCUAGACGCCAAGCCCCAGGCCUCAUUCAAACCGACGUUCGCUCUCAAGGUUCCCCGUGCUGCACUUGAUCUCAGUGGGGAUGGUGGCGAUGGCGGGAGAAGUACAGGACGGCAUGAGAGCGCGGGUGAUGUUGUGAUUGAGUGGGUUGACUAUGAUCGCGAUGAUGUGGAUGAGCGUGUAGCUCAUGUGCGUCGUCUUGACGAUCUUGCUCGCAUGAUGCACUCCGCUUCCGAUUGCCAUCCUGACCUUCAUAGCAUCGACUGCGUAGGCUAUGUUGACGAUACUUCACGGUGCAGAUACGGGCUCGUAUACAAAGCGCCCUCGCCGUCUUUCUCGACGCUCCAUGAACUCAUCGCCAGCUCGGACCUCAAGACCCCUAACCUCGAUGAUCGAGUCCGUUUGGCACAUACGCUCGCCGUCGCCUUAUGGUCUCUGCACUCACUUGACUGGCUUCAUAAAAGCCUCUGCAGCUCAAACAUUCUCUUCUUCCCUUCAGCCUUUUCAGCAUCGGCUCACUCGUCAACUGCUGCUGGGGCACUUGUACCAGAUAUACAGUGCCCUUAUCUGACGGGUUUCGAUGCUUCAAGACCAGACCUUGAUACCGCGCUCUCUGUCGCGCCCCGUAAUCCUUCUAUCCUUACGCUACACCGACACCCAGCUUCCUUGCGAGGCUUUCCUCACUGCAAGCCCAUGGAUAUCUAUAGUCUGGGUUUGGUGCUGCUCGAAAUAGGUCUCUGGAAGGUUCUCCAAACAUACCAUAAACCACACUACUCCACGGGUCGAUGGCGCGACAAGGUCCUGCGUGCGGCUCUCGUUCCCGGUCUGGGUAGCAAGGUCGGUAGUCGAUAUCGCGAUGUUGUGGACAAGUGUUUGGCUGUGAGUGAAGAAAUGACAAGUGCUGAGGCUGGCAAGGUAAUAGAAGAUGUUGUCACAGCUCUCGAAGCCAUCCGGACCUGACAGUGAACUUCAUAUGAACUGGAUACGAAGCAAUAUAGAUAGAUUAUCAAUAUGGGAAGCUUAGACCGUCGGUCGCCAGACAGAAAUCCACAAAGAAUGAACAGUAUAAGAGAUGUAUGUAUUUCAGCUCUUGGAAACUUAUAUAACCGUCGUAAAAACCCGCUACCGUCUCUUCUUCAUUGCCCCCUCUUUGACUAUCAUCAAGAAACAACAAAACCCAGUGCAAUGCCAAACCAAAUAAGUCCACAAUAAUAAUUUCAACCUUGCCUGCCUGUACGCCAUCGCAAAUUUGAACUCCGGUAUGCCUUCAGUCUUUCCCUCAUCCGAGAUAGUAUGCAUUAUUCACGUCUCUCUAGUUGCCCUCUCCUUGACCACGACAAACUCCAUCGAAGUCGUAGCCGUAAUGAUCCUUGUAUGCUGCAGAAACUGAACUAUCUUGCAAGUUUCAAAUGACAUUAACUGAAAGCCAAACACUUCUCGGUAAGCAAUCAUGCAUGGGAGAAGAAUCAUUAACAUUCAAACAUAAACCGCUCGUCAUCCUCUUCUGAGCCAGAAACGCCAAUGCAUGAGAGACGUUAACAUUGCCCGUGACGUACGUGAAUCAUGAUCGUGACGUGGAAUCGUACAAGUGUCUGUUACGCUUCGCGUUAGAACGCUGAAGCGGCUGGACUCGCUGUGCUGGUGCUUUCUAAGCUCCAGAAACUUUACGGGCCGUCGAAGCUGCCGUCACUGACGCUCCAUGAUUGGCGCUGCCUACUCUGCCGCUGGUCUUUCGAAUGCCAGCAGACUCCUUUGCCCGAAGGGGAGACUCUCCCUGGCGCUUGCUGCCGCGAACCUUUGUCAGAACGCCAGGGGUACUAGCAACUCGUUCGACGUGCUUGGUCCGCACAGAGCCAAUGUUCUCAGCGUCGUGUGAUGCAUCGUUGUCAAUCGUGUAGAUAGCUGCCGUCUGGCUAACCGAGCGUGUCUUUUCACUGCGAGCCGGUGAUUGGGAGGUCGCCUUACGAUGACGGCGCAUGCGCAAAUGCAACUCCUCGUCAGACUCUCCGCCGUGAGCCUGGCUGUGCGUCGCAAUGUACUCAGCUUCUUGCUCAAUAGUGCGCUGCUCUUCAACAGCGAGCCCGUUGGAAGUUGAGCGCUGGUAAGGGUGAUGACGAUCCCUGGCAGUCUUUCGCGGUUGGCCCGGUGUAGGAGCUGGUAAAUAGUCUUCCUGGACGCCAAUAUUAUUGCGGUCGUGGUCGACUUCACUCAGCGGAGUACGGUUUGAGGGGCUUCGAUUGGGGGGUGUCGAAGCCUGGCCGUUUCGAAGUGUUGUCUUUUGCAUGGCACGAAUGGGGGUGCUGGGAAUAGGGUUGGCAGCAGCCAUCUCCCUCCUGAGUCUGCGCUCAAUUCUCUCCUCAACCCACCAUUCGCGGAAUGUGCCCUGGUUCAAAUGGAGCCAGUGCUGUUGAGGGCCAACAACCAUGCCAGGUCGCAUGAAGCGCAUGAAUGAGAUAACUUCAUUGGCGGUGAAACCGUGUCGGUAAAUGAGAUAGGCACCAAUCAAACAACCUGUGCGGCCGAGGCCAGCCUUGCAAUGAACAGCAAUUCCCUGCUUACGGACAGUGAUGGUCUCGUGAGCGAGUCUGAUGAACUUACGGACAGUCAAGAGCGAGGGACAUGUGCCGUCGUCAAAGAUCAUGUCCAGGUGCUGAAUACCCAGCGCCUCAAAGUACGAGGGGGAGUAGAGUUGAGAGUUAAGUCGGACCACCAGGCCAAUGUUCUUCUCGGAAAAGUGCUUCAGCACAUUCUUGAAGGGCUUUGGCAACUUGGGAUGGGCAUCCACGGCGGCUAGCGUCCGUGGAAGCAAUGGGUACAGAUCGGAUCCCUCUGUGAUUUUCUGGACCGGCGCGUGCUGGGGAGAAGCAAAUGCCAGGAAAUGGGGAGUGAUCCAGUUGAAAUCACCAUGUUCGACUCUCUCGAAACGCUCGUAUUCGUCAAGAUCGAAGUUGUCUAGAUCGCAGCACUUUUCUUCCUUGGCCUUCCACACACCAUAGACAACAUCUUGAACGCUAAUGCCAUAAUCGGCUUGACUGUAACCCGCGUCUCGGAAUGGCAUCAGAGGAGGAUCGACCUGCGCAAUCGGGGCAAGGGCCAGAUGGGGAGGCCAGUUCUGUAUGAGGACCAUGUAGCAUGCGAGCAUACAAGCGGCGUUCGCGCGACCU